UUAACCCAGCGCCCCAGUACGGGAUCCCCUUCUACCUGCAGUACCUGGCCCACUGGCCCGAGUAUUUCGUGGUCGCCGAGGCGCCCGGCGGGGAGCUGAUGGGUUACAUCAUGGGUAAGGCGGAAGGCUCUGUGGCUAGGGAGGAAUGGCACGGACAUGUCACCGCGCUCUCUGUUGCACCAGAAUUUCGACGGCUGGGUUUGGCUGCUAAAUUGAUGGAACUACUGGAAGAAAUUUCAGAAAAAAAGGGUGGAUUUUUCGUUGAUCUCUUUGUGAGAGUAUCAAACCAGGUUGCAGUAAAUAUGUAUAAGCAACUCGGCUACAGCGUGUACCGGACAGUGUUAGAGUACUACUCUGCUAGCAGUGGGGAGCCAGAUGAAGAUGCUUAUGAUAUGAGAAAAGCUCUUUCCAGAGAUACAGAGAAGAAAUCAAUUAUACCUCUGCCUCAUCCUGUGAGACCAGAAGACAUUGAGUAACUGUAAGCUGUGAUUCUUAGCCAACUUACUAAGAGUGUCAGGUUCCUUCUCCCCCCAGCCCUCAAGAACUUACGGAGGAGAAAUCUUAGGCCCAAUGUUUUUCCCCUCAAAAUACCAAAAAGCAAUAUUGAGAAGCUUACUAAUGCUGCUUCUGUUGGUAAUGGCUGCAUACUCCUGCACUUACCCCAUUACUUUUAUUUUUAAAAACAUUGGAAAUUCAGAGACUAUUAAAAUGGAAUUACCUCC